AAUGAAGUUGGGGGACAAAAGAAACCGUUAUCCAGCUGAUCUCAUGCACUCAGGAGGAGGAGGCAGCAGGCGAGCAGUCCUUCGUCUCAGGCAGACACGGAGAGAAAACCCGCUCCAACAGGCUGAAAAAAGCGGCUUUCUGAACGAGAAGAGGUUCUGCUUUGGACCCAGGAUGUUCCUCAUCGCAGUUCUUGUCCUUUUGGGAAAUGCGCUGACGGUAAACAGCGAGAGUCAUUCCCUCCGUUACAUCUACAUGGCGCUCUCCAAACCUGUUGGACUUCCAGGGAUCCACCAGUUCACAGCCAUGGGUUUGCUAGACGACAGGAUUAUUGACUACUAUGACAGUGAGAAUCAGAUGAAAGUUCCCAGGCAGGAGUGGAUGAGAGAACGUUUACCUGCUGAUUACUGGGAAAGAGGCACACAGUCCCGUAAGAGCAAGGAGCAGUGGUUCAAGGUCAACAUCAGAAUCCUGAUGGAGCGAAUGAGGCACAAUGACUCAGACCUUCAUGUUCUUCAGUGGAUGCACGGCUGUGAGGGUGAAACACAGCCUGACGGCACACUCAAGUAUGUCCGUGGCUUGGACAUGUACAGCUACGAUGGAAACGACUUCCUGUCCUUCGAUGAGAAAAAUGGGGUCUGGGUCGCCUCGAUUAAGGAGGCAGAACCCACCAAGAGGAAGUGGGAUGGUGUCCGGGUCCUGACAGAGUACACCAAGGGCUACCUGGAGAAUGAGUGCAUUGAUUGGCUGAGCAAGUUUGUGACUUAUGAGGAACAACACCCAGGAAACACCUCUCCACCUGAGGUGUACCUGUUGGCAAAGAACUCCAUGGAGGACACAAACGUCAGGCUGACGUGCCUCGCCACAGGCUUCUACCCGGCAGACAUCGUCCUGAGGAUCAAGAAGAAUGAGAAUAUCCUAGCUGGAGAGGACGGCCUGAUGAGCUCAGGAGUUCGUCAAAAUGAAGACGAUACCUUCCAGAGAAGAGACCAGGUGGAGGUUUUAAGGUCUGACCUGUCUGCAUACAGCUGUGAAGUCAUUCAUGAGGCAUCGAAUGUGAGCAUUAAUUGGGGUGGAUCUUCUGUUGUUCUUGUUCCUCCAACAAGUGGAUCUUCUGUUGUUCUUGUUCCUUCACCAAGUAAAAGUGGAUCUUCUGUUGUUCUUGUUCCUCCAACAAGUGGAUCUUCUGUUGUUCUUGUUCCUUCACCAAGUAAAAGUGGAUCUUCUGUUGUUCUUGUUCCUUCACCAAGUAAAAACAGUCGUUCACUCACUUACAUCUACACAGCACUCUCCAAACCUGUUGGACUCCCAGGGAUCCACCAGUUCACAGCCAUGGGUUUGCUGGACGACAGGAUAAUUGACUACUAUGACAGUGAGAAACGGGUAAAAGUUCCCAGGCAGGAGUGGAUGAGAGAGCGUUUACCUGCUGAUUACUGGGAAAGAGGCACACAGUCCCGUAAGAGCAAGGAGCAGUGGUUCAAGGUCAACAUCGGAAUCUUGAUGGAGCGAAUGAGGCAGAAUGACUCAGACCUUCAUGUUCUUCAGUGGAUGCACGGCUGUGAGGGUGAAACACAGCCUGACGGCACACUCAAGUAUGUCCGUGGCUUGGACAUGUACAGCUACGAUGGAAACGACUUCCUGUCCUUCGAUGAGAAAAAUGGGGUCUGGGUCGCCUCGAUUAAGGAGGCAGAACCCACCAAGAGGAAGUGGGAUGGUGUCCGGGUCCUGACAGAGUACACCAAGGGCUACCUGGAGAAUGAGUGCAUUGAUUGGCUGAGCAAGUUUGUGACUUAUGAGGAACAACACCCAGGAAACACCUCUCCACCUGAGGUGUACCUGUUGGCAAAGAACUCCAUGGAGGACACAAACGUCAGGCUGACGUGCCUCGCCACAGGCUUCUACCCGGCAGACAUCGUCCUGAGGAUCAAGAAGAAUGAGAAUAUCCUAGCUGGAGAGGACGGCCUGAUGAGCUCAGGAUUUCGUCAAAAUGAAGACGACACCUUCCAGAGAAGAGACCAGGUGGAGGUUUUAAGGUCUGACCUGUCUGCAUACAGCUGUGAAGUCAUUCAUGAGGCAUCGAAUGUGAGCAUUAAUUGGGGUGGAUCUUCUGUUGUUCUUGUUCCUCCAACAAGUGGAUCUUCUGUUGUUCUUGUUCCUUCACCAAGUAAAAGUGGAUCUUCUGUUGUUCUUGUUCCUCCAACAAGUGGAUCUUCUGUUGUUCUUGUUCCUUCACCAAGUAAAAGUGGAUCUUCUGUUGUUCUUGUUCCUCCAACAAGUGGAUCUUCUGUUGUUCUUGUUCCUUCACCAAGUAAAAACAGUCGUUCACUCACUUACAUCUACACAGCACUCUCCAAACCUGUUGGACUCCCAGGGAUCCACCAGUUCACAGCCAUGGGUUUGCUGGAUGACAGGAUUAUUGACUACUAUGACAGUGAGAAACGGGUAAAAGUUCCCAGGCAGGAGUGGAUGAGAGAGCGUUUACCUGCUGAUUACUGGGAAAGAGGUACACAGUCCCGUAAGAGCAAGGAGCAGUGGUUCAAGGUCAACAUCGGAAUCUUGAUGGAGCGAAUGAGGCAGAAUGACUCAGACCUUCAUGUUCUUCAGUGGAUGCACGGCUGUGAGGGUGAAACACAGCCUGACGGCACACUCAAGUAUGUCCGUGGCUUGGACAUGUACAGCUACGAUGGAAACGACUUCCUGUCCUUCGAUGAGAAAAAUGGGGUCUGGGUCACCUCGAUUAAGGAGGCAGAACCCACCAAGAGGAAGUGGGAUGGUGUCCGGGUCCUGACAGAGUACACCAAGGGCUACCUGGAGAAUGAGUGCAUUGAUUGGCUGAGCAAGUUUGUGACUUAUGAGGAACAGCACCCAAGAAACACCUCUCCGCCCGAGGUGUACCUGUCUGCAGAGAACUCCACGGAGGACACAAACGUCAGGCUGACGUGCCUCGUCACAGGCUUCUACCCGACAGACAUCGUCCUGAGGAUCAAGAAGAAUGAGAGUGUCCUAACUGUAGAGGACGGCCUGAUGAGCUCAGUAGUUCGUCCAAAUGAAGACGACACCUUCCAGAGAAGAGAGCAGGUGGAGGUUUUAAGGUCUGACCUGUCUGCAUACAGCUGUGAAGUCAUUCAUGGGGCAUCGAAUGUGAGCAUUAACAGGGUUUGGGACUCUCGAAGCUCCACUGACUCCGGCUCUGACUCUGCUGUUUCCUCCGAUGACUCCGACAACCCGGCCCCGGAUUCAGCCAGAGUCCUGCUGGAGCCUGUCCAGCUGACGUUCUGAAGAUGCCAAGAACUUCCAUAAGAGCACAGAAAGGAUUUACCAGCAUGCACAGCAUGGAGACUAUGAGGUGUCACAUGUUUUGAUUUUGUUGUAUUUUGCAGAUCAGAAAACUGAUGGAUCAGCAGUAAAAAUUAGAUUCUUUUGAUUUCAAUUAUUUUGAGUCUUAAUGCUCCUUUAAACUGAUCCCUUGUUACAGUGAAAUUUAAAUGAGCUUGUUUUGAUCAGGUUUAAUAAAUCAUAGCUCAGGCGGGUUACCUCAGUUCAGGGGUUUUUUAAACUUAGAGGGAGGCUUGGUCAACCUGAAAACGUGUUUUUGGUUUUACUCAAAGCCAAACAUUUAAGAUCAGGUUUCUGCUGCAGGUUCAUAUAAACUGGAUAAUGUGAAAGACCUGAAGCCUGAAAACCUGCUUAGUGCAGCAGUUUGAUUCAGAGUCAAGCAGAAGAAAAUGUUUAAAAGUCUGUUGCAGGACAAUAUAUGAAUGUAUAAAACAAUAGAAAAUGUUCCUGUAGACAAAAUUUGAAUCAAUUCGGUUUUUUACAGUAAAGUUUUUUAUAAAUCAAAAUAUAUGCUAUAUGACUUUCUGCAUAUAAUUCUCCUGUAAUCCUAAAAUGUCAUUAUGUGUUAAAUCAUGAGUCAUAUUUUUCAAAUUAUUUUUCAAAGUGUUUCAGACAUAAUGUUAAAGAAGCAAAUGUAAUGAAAGUUGAUAUUUUUAUAUUUUUUCUUUUGAAGAAAUGAUCUCAACUUAUUAUCUGUGAAUUAUAUCAUUCAUGAGUUCAAAUAAAAUUUUUAUUUCACUUGUUA